UGAAAUUUGUAUUUUUUUAAAGUUGUUGUAGGGUUUUUCUGUUUUUGGCUUUUAGGUUUUAUUUGAGACAGGGUCUUGCUGUCAACCAGGCUAGAAUGCAGUAGAACGAUCACAGCUUUGAUCUUCCAACUUAAGGGAUCAUUUCACCUCAGCCCCCUGAGUAGUUGAGAUUACAGGCAUGUGCGUCCACGUCCAGCUUGCUUUUUUUGUAGAGACAGGAUUUCAUCAUGUUGCCCAGGUUGGUCUUGAACUCCUGGGCUCAAGCAACAGUCUACCUCAGCCUCCCAAAGUGUUGGGAUUACAGAUGUAAUCACCAACACCCCCAGCCUGAACUAUUAUUUUUAAUGAGUUUUUCCCAAAGUAUUUUCAGUCUGCAAUUUUUGGAAUCUACAGUUACAGAACCCAUAGUCAUAGAGGGCUGACUGUAUAUAUCUUUUGAUUAAUUUAAAUCCUUUAAUUAAUUUAGAUGAUGCUGAAUAUUUAGUUAUAUAUUCUUGUGUUUGUAUUUCUCAUGCAGUUAAAUUUUUCCCAAAACAUUAUUUUCAAUAUUAAUAUUAUGCCGUAUGAGUGUAGCAAAGUAUUCUCACACAGCUUCCAAUUUUCUCCUGUUCCAAACAGCUUUUAGGGAAAAAUCUGUACAUGACUGAUUACUUUCUUAGGAUUGAUUUAUAGAAAUUAAUUUACUGGAUUAAAGGUAUGAAAUUUAUUUUAAGUUUGUACAUAAAUGUUGGUAACUUCUAAAUAGGCAUUUUAAAAUUGUCUUUAUCAUUCACUGUGUAUAAAAUUCAUGAGUAUUAAAAAAAAAAAUUCAUGAGUAUUAGGAAGAGAGCAGGCCGUCUGGUUGUCUGAGGCAAUUGUUCCUCCCUUGAUGGUGUGACACUAAUUCAGACAAAUUUGCCCAGAGAACCAGAAUUAGAAAGACUUUUUAUCAUACUUGAAAUAUUUUAUAGAGUAAUUGCUAAAGAAAGCUUUUUUGAUAAUUGUUUAAAGCAGCCCAAAUAUUAAGGUAUACCAGUGGACUAAGACAGUGAUUACGACAGCAUUCCAGUUGGAAGGGGAAUAACAACUACUCAGACAUUGCGAACAAAUUAAUGCUGUUAUUGCCUUUUAGUUUGAUUUGGUAUGUGUUUAGUAACUGUGCUAUGUUCUGUAUGUGGCUUUUACAGCACUAGAAAAUGUAGUAUUUAAAAGCACAGAAGGAUUGUAAUGGUUGUCUUUAUAGACAAGGGAUAUAAAGGAAUCCAGGAAUUCACAGAUAGUUUUAAAUUAAGAGUUCAUUUUUUGUCAUUUAUAUAUGUUGCUCUAUUUUUGAAGAAUAUUAAUACACUGUUUUAAAACUUUAGAUUUGCGUAUACUUGAGUAACUGCAUAUACAAAGUAUGUGCAAGUAUGAAAAUGCUUGUUACAGCUGCACAGUGUAGAGGGAAAGCAGAAGCAUAGUGGUGCCUUUUAUUGUUCUUUCAAUUUCAGUGAUUCUAAUUAUAGAAGCUUACAUCACCUUGGUUGAUGAUGAUGGUUUCUCUCUCCUUCUUGGUUUUUCUUCCUCUAUUACUCCCUAAGGAUGGAUCCUCUGUCAUAGUGCAUGUGUGUCCAGCUGGUAGCUGUGACAGGUUUUCCACAAAAAUGGGAGUGAUCAGUUAGUGGAUGUAUAUGACAGUAUGCUGAAGCACACUGUUUCUUACAAAAGAAGAGAGGAGUGUUGGUACUCUUGCCUCCCUCCCUUCAUGAAGGCUGAGGAAUAGGUAUGCAGUUUGAAAGCAGAAGUCCUGAGGAGCACCAGUAAUUAGAGUUAACUGUGUCUGAUAACUGCAAAGAUGCAUUUCAGAUGUUCAGGUUAAACAUGGGGGCAUAGGGGUGGAAGAGAUUGUUAUGAUCCUUUGAAAGGGCUUGUAUGUGACCUCUGACCAUUGCAGUCAUUUAUUCAUGUAUUUUCCAAAAGACUUAAAGUGUUUUCACUAUGUAAAUCAGUACAAUUUAAGUUUAUAUUUCAAAGACCAAACACAACUAAAACACAGAAAUGAAUGCUCUUAUAUUUUGUAAAACUAUAGAAUUUUUCUUUUGUUCUUUAACUUAUUUGGAGUUUGACUUCUCUAAAUUGUGAUUAUGAUAUUUCACUGCAGAUUGGGAAUAAAUUAUAUUAAUAAGUAUAAAUAAAAUGCCUGGGUUAGUAUAAAUCCAGGUUUUGUUAUUAGGUUUGUUUUUCAUAAUGCCUAGAAUGUAUAUUCUCUUAUGACUUGCCUCCAUCUGUGGUAACCUUUCCCUGCCUUUCUUUACAGUGUUGUCACAUAUUGACAUAAAAGAUAGGUUUAUGGUUAGUUUAGUAACCAUCAGAACCUUAUAUUUGCCUUUCUAAACAUAUGAUUUCAAGUAUUUCAGUUUGUAUUUUUGUUUAAAUAAUAUACACAGUUAACAAAUUUUAAUAACUGUGACAUUUAUACUUUUAUAUAAGUAUUUUGUAAUGAUUUGAAGCUUUGCAGAGUCAACAUACAUUGCUCUAUUUUAUAGUAGUCCAAAAGACCUUUCUAAAGCUAAAUAUUUCAUUAAUAUGGAUUAGCAUCAUGGCAUUUUAUAUGCAGGGGAGAUGUGUUUGUAAGUGGCUGUCCUGUAGUUAUUCUUAGACAGUAUGUGGAUGAGGACAUUCUCCUUUGCUGAACUUAAUUCAUUUGAAUUGAUAAGAUAAUGAAAUGAGAUUGUGAUAAAAUUCUAAAAGUGAUCCAAGUGACAAAUGGGUUAUUCAACUAGUCAUUUAUUUUAGUUAUUUGAUAAAUUACUAUUCUCUUCAAAGGAUGUUUAUUUCUUUGUUCAGUAAUUAAAAGGUGAAGUCAUUAUUUCAUCAAAAUGCUGGUGGAUUCCCACGUUGACUCUGGAAUUUGGCCUGUUUCUUUUCUUGGUAUUGUUUCACAGGGAUAUUUUGCAUGACAGGUUUACUAUACAGUUCUCUGGAAUCAAAGAUACUAUGAGAUGAUUGGUAGAACAAGGAAAAGGAUGAUGUCAUCUUCAUUUACAAGCCAAACUAAAGGAAAAGAGAGUUUUGUUCCUUUACUGAGUUGGUGUUUACUACAGUAGGUCUAACAUAUGGCACUAGUGGAUUGCAUUUAAAAAAAACUGUGCAGCCGUUUUUUAAAGCAGCUAAGAAGAGAUGGCUGUCUCCCUUGCUCAGCUUGAGGUCCUUCUUUGUGUGUUUAUUAGCAUGAUUUAUAAAAAGGGGGGAAAGGUUUGCAUUAAAAUUUUGCUUCUUGAUUUGCCUUUAAUAUAUUCUGUUGGUACUAUACAUGAAUAUAAUUACUGUCUGUUGUUUGAAUUCUUAGUAUUCUUGAAUCUUGCUACUAAUAUUUGUGUGUAAAAUACUCAUCUUUUAGAAAUUUAUCUUUAGCGAAAGUUGUCCUCAUGUACAUACAAAGUACCUACUAUCAUUUUUCUAUUUUAAAGAAUGAUUAAGAUUAGAUUUUAAUCAAUGUGCACUUGAUACUUAAUAUUCCAAGAUGUACAUGUGUGUAUAUACCAAGAUGUAAUGGUGUACAUGUGAUUUAUUUCCAAGAAUAUUAAGUAUCAAGUGGAAUUCCAUCUCAUGUAUGAUUGAUUUAAAAUAAACUGAAACAAAGAAAAUGGUGCUUGAAAAUCAACCUGUAUAAAUAUUCCAUGUUUUAUGUUCAGAAAACUAGUCAUGCUUGUUUGCAUUUGUGAGAUUUAAUUUUAUAUUUAAAUGCAGGUAUUGUGUAUUUUGGUAUUGUGUCUUUUGGAAUUUGGAAUUUUGGCAGAAAAACUUAGUUUUUAAAAGCUUUAUGAAAAUCUAAAUAAUUACAUAUUUUGAAAGCAUAACUUGUCUUUGUUCACAAUUAUACUUAGUUUAACUGAAAUUCUAGAUUUAUAAGUAGCAGCGUAAUUCAGACUGGCAGCAUAAUGUUGUUCAGAAAGUUACUCAGACUUUGCUGAAAGAUACUGCACGAACUUAUUCUUUUUGUGCCUAAUGACAAGAUGUUUCUUCUGCAGUCAGUGAAGUCCUUUGUUAAAAUACCUGUCUCCCAGGUAACAACUCCUCUUAUGUUGCACAGCCCGUUUUCCCCAAAAUAAAAUUGUUAGGUGAAUAAAGCAAAAUAAUUCUAUUGCUUUGAUUUGUUCACCGAUUGUUAUUCUCAUAAUGUUGCUGCCUGGAGGUGCAGCUAACUAUAUUUUACUAUUGGGAACUAUGUCUUACUUUGGCCUUUAGAAGCCACCAUUGCAAGCUUAGUUGGAGUAUCUUCUGCCUUGUAGCAGAAGCAUGAAGAACAAGGAUGGGUACCAGUAGUAUUGUGUUUUCAGAUGGAAAAGGGUGUGGCAAAAUUAAAAUCUUUUUCUAUAAUUUCUACCAAAAAGGGGGGGCAGCAAUUUUUUUUUAGUUCACACUCACUUUGGAAGCAAGUUUAAUCAUCUUCUUUGAUUUCUUCUGAGUGAGUUUUGCUGGCUUCUUGUCUUUCUAGGAAUUGAGCAUUGGGCUACAGGAAAGUACCAUGUUGUGUAGGUGAUUCUUUCUCAAAGGAGUUGGUGCAUGCUGCAACUAUUGCUGUACAUGUGAUUUUUUUCCAGCUUUCCUUUGCAAAAUGAAAUUUAUUUCCAUUUAAAUUUACUAUCUACAUACAAAUCUUAGUAUUAGUUUGUAUAUUUUUAAUGUUAGAGUUCAGAACAGUUAUUUGGUAAAUAGCAAAUUUUGCAAGUAGAAACCUCUUGUUAACAAAUACAUGUGACAUUUGAGAACCUAGGCUGCCUUAUCUAUUUGGAAUGCAAUAGUAUCUUAACAGAGCUUAUUAUUUUACCUUAGGACAAUACUGCAUUAUAUUUGAAUAAUAAUAGGAAAUAUAGCUUCCCAAAUAUAGCUGUGUAUCAUUGUACAGAAUUAAAAAUCAAAAUGGAUUUUUAAAACUGUUGAGUAGAAAGGGUGCUUAAGCCAAUUUUUUUUCUUAAAGAAUUUAGCUUGCUGACAUGUCUCAUGGAAGGGAGGAUUGGGGUUGUGGAUAUGCUGUGUGUGUGUGUGUGUGUGUGUGUGUGUGUGUGUGUGUUUUCAAUAAAUUGCUCUUUGGGCUACAUCUGCAGAUACAGUAGCCAAUUGAUCUAAUGCAGUUUCUGGAGGCUUUCUGUACAGGUGAUGUCAUCCUUUUAGCUCUAUUCUCCUCCCACUCUCUUUCCUUCUUAUUAGAUAUUUCAUCUUGCUGCAGAGCAUAGAAUCAAUAGGAGCUUCUCCUUAGGGAACUGCUGUGAAACAGGCAAGGACAGUAGGAAUUAAGACAGUAACAUUCAGUCUUGCUUUAGCAAAAGGUAUAGUGGUUUUGUACCAUAUUAUAUAAAAAAUGUUUAACCAGAAAAGCCAGACUUAACAACAGUGCUGUUUUACUGAUGCAUUAGAACAAGAAGCAGUGCUGCAGAGCUGUAAACAGUGCAUGUGAAUAGAGAAAAUAGUUAGAAUUUUGGAGAUUCUUAGGCAUUCUACAGAACAAACCUGUUACAGCAUAUAUUAUCUAACUGCUGUUUGCUCUAACUGCCAUCUGCUCAGCGGUUUUUUUUUUUGUUGUUGUUGUUUUUUUAAAACCUCUGGUGGUUAAGAAUAAAGAAGAAAACUUUAAUCUUCAGGAUACAAUGUUUAUUUUUGAUGCAGAAGAAUCACUGCUGCAGUGUUUAUUCUACAAAAUGAAAUAAGUUGAAGAAAAGGCAAAGCUGUAUUACAGAGAGGAAAGAUUUCACAGAAUCCAGGAACACAGAUUUGGUGCAUGUUGCCUGAUUUGCUUUGAUUGAUACUGUAUUAACUGUUGUGCUGCCACUCUGCAUGUCUAUGCCAGGUGCUUGAGGCCGUAUGUAUAUGUCUGUAUAUACCGAGCCAGAUAUGUAAACAUCUUCAUUUACUGUGAUUUGCUUGUUAAAGUGAAUGUUUUGAUUUAGAACAAUACUUUACUGAAAGCUCCUGAUUUCAGUUUUUAAAGGGGUUUGGAGAGGCUGCCUUUAUAUAAACACUGUAGUGGUACGUGAUUUGUAAAAAGAAACUUAGCAGAAUUUUGUCACCAUACUCAUCACUGUGGCUCUGGUUUGAAAAGGAAACUACCCUUUCCAGCCUAGGAAAUGGCUUUUCUUGUUCGCUGUUAUGCCAAUUGUCUUCAGCCAUGGGCCUCCAAACUUCCAGCUGAUCUUACCAAGAUGCAUCUCACAGACAACCCUCAUCCACAGGUGACUCAUGUGUCUUCUAGUCAGUCUGGUUGUAGCAUUGCCAGUGACUCUGGAAGCAGCAGUUUAUCUGAUAUCUAUCAGGCUACGGAGAGUGAGGUGGGAGAUGUAGAUUUGACACGUCUUCCAGAAGGACCUGUUGAUUCUGAGGAUGACGAAGAGGAAGAUGAAGAGAUUGACAGAACAGAUCCAUUGCAGGGACGAGAUCUUGUUCGAGAAUGUCUUGAAAAAGAGCCUGCAGACAAAACUGAUGAUGACAUUGAACAAUUACUGGAGUUUAUGCACCAGCUCCCUGCUUUUGCAAACAUGACCAUGUCUGUAAGGAGAGAACUCUGCUCGGUGAUGAUUUUUGAAGUGGUAGAACAGGCUGGAGCUGUUAUUCUUGAAGAUGGGCAAGAGCUUGACUCAUGGUAUGUUAUUUUAAACGGCACUGUAGAAAUCAGUCAUCCAGAUGGAAAAGUUGAAAAUUUGUUUAUGGGAAAUAGUUUUGGAAUUACUCCCACUCUAGAUAAGCAGUACAUGCAUGGAAUUAUCAGGACUAAAGUAGAUGAUUGUCAGUUUGUCUGCAUAGCCCAGCAAGAUUAUUGGAGAAUUUUAAAUCAUGUGGAAAAAAAUACCCAUAAAGUUGAGGAAGAGGGAGAAAUUGUUAUGGUACAUGAGCAUCGUGAACUAGACCGGAGUGGAACCAGGAAAGGACACAUUGUAAUCAAGGCAACACCUGAGCGUCUCAUAAUGCAUUUAAUAGAAGAACAUUCUAUUGUGGAUCCAACUUAUAUAGAAGAUUUUCUAUUAACUUAUAGGACAUUUCUUGAAAGUCCUUUGGAUGUUGGAAUCAAACUAUUGGAAUGGUUUAAGAUCGACAGCUUAAGAGAUAAGGUGACGCGGAUUGUAUUGUUAUGGGUAAAUAAUCAUUUUAAUGAUUUUGAAGGUGACCCUGCUAUGACUCGAUUUCUAGAAGAAUUUGAAAAAAAUCUGGAAGAUACGAAGAUGAAUGGUCAUCUCCGGUUAUUGAAUAUUGCCUGUGCUGCAAAGGCUAAGUGGAGACAGGUUGUGCUGCAAAAGGCUUCCCGUGAGUCCCCUCUACAAUUCAGCCUUAAUGGAGGAAGUGAGAAGGGAUUUGGUAUUUUUGUUGAAGGAGUAGAACCUGGGAGCAAAGCCGCUGAUUCAGGACUGAAACGUGGUGAUCAGAUUAUGGAAGUGAAUGGACAAAACUUUGAGAAUAUUACAUAUAUGAAAGCGCUUGAAAUUUUGAGGAAUAAUACUCAUCUUGCACUUACUGUAAAGACCAACAUUUUUGUGUUCAAAGAGUUACUUUGUAGGACUGAACAAGAGAAAUCUGGUGUGCCUCAUAUUCCAAAAAUUGCUGAAAAAAAAAGUAAUCGCCAUUCUAUCCAGCAUGUGCCAGGAGAUAUUGAACAGGCAUCACAAGAGAAAGGAAGUAAGAAAGUUAAAGCAAAUACUGUUUCAGGUGGAAGAAACAAAAUCAGGAAGAUUUUGGAUAAAACACGAUUUAGUAUCUUGCCUCCAAAACUAUUUAGUGAUGGAGGCCUAAGCCAAUCACAAGAUGACAGCAUUGUGGGAACAAGGCACUGUAGGCAUAGUCUGGCUAUAAUGCCCAUUCCUGGAACACUUUCAUCCAGCAGCCCUGAUCUCCUGCAGCCUACCACCAGUAUGUUGGAUUUUUCCAAUCCUUCAGCUGUUGGUUUUUAUUAUAUUCCUGAUCAAGUUAUAAGAGUUUUCAAAGCGGAUCAGCAAAGUUGCUACAUUAUCAUCAGUAAAGACACUACAGCUAAAGAAGUGGUUUGUCAUGCUGUUCAUGAAUUUGGUUUGACCGGUGCAUCUGACACAUAUUCUCUCUGUGAAGUUUCUGUUACUCCUGAGGGUGUCAUAAAACAGAGAAGACUUCCAGAUCAGUUCUCCAAAUUAGCUGAUAGAAUUCAACUCAACGGAAGGUAUUAUUUAAAAAAUAAUAUGGAAACAGAAACCUUAUGUUCAGAUGAAGAUGCUCAAGAACUAGUUAAGGAAAGCCAGCUAUCCAUGCUGCAGCUCAGUACCAUUGAGGUGGCCACCCAGCUGUCAAUGAGGGACUUUGAUUUGUUUCGUAAUAUUGAGCCAACUGAGUACAUCGAUGACCUUUUUAAGUUAAAUUCCAAAACAGGAAAUAGUCACUUGAAGAGGUUUGAGGACAUUGUAAACCAAGAGACAUUCUGGGUUGCCUCAGAAAUUUUAACUGAAGCAAAUCAACUCAAACGAAUGAAGAUUAUUAAGCAUUUUAUUAAAAUUGCUCUUCAUUGUCGAGAAUGUAAGAACUUCAAUUCCAUGUUUGCAAUAAUAAGUGGCUUGAACCUGGCAUCUGUAGCGCGACUCAGAGGUACUUGGGAAAAGUUACCAAGCAAAUAUGAGAAACAUCUUCAAGAUCUACAAGACAUUUUUGAUCCAUCUAGAAACAUGGCAAAGUAUAGAAAUAUUCUUAGUAGUCAAAGUAUGCAGCCUCCAAUUAUUCCACUCUUCCCUGUUGUCAAGAAAGAUAUGACAUUUCUACAUGAGGGAAAUGACUCCAAAGUAGAUGGUUUAGUAAACUUUGAGAAGUUAAGAAUGAUUUCCAAGGAAAUCCGCCAAGUUGUUCGAAUGACUUCUGCUAACAUGGACCCAGCCAUGAUGUUUCGACAGAGGAAGAAGAGGUGGCGGAGUCUGGGGUCACUGAGUCAAGGAAGCACAAAUUCGAACAUGCUGGAUGUUCAGGGAGGUGCUCACAAAAAAAGGGCACGCCGCAGCUCUCUCCUUAAUGCCAAGAAGCUGUAUGAGGAUGCCCAAAUGGCAAGGAAGGUGAAGCAGUAUCUUUCUAGUCUGGAUGUAGAGACAGAUGAGGAGAAGUUCCAGAUGAUGUCAUUACAGUGGGAGCCUGCCUAUGGUACCUUGACUAAGAAUUUAAGUGAGAAAAAAUCAGCCAAAUCAUCUGAAAUGUCUCCAGUGCCUUUGAGAUCAGCUGGCCAAACAACUAAAGUCCACUUGCAUCAACCCCACAGAGUAAGCCAGGUGCUUCAGGUGCCCGCUGUUAAUUUGCACCCCAUCAGGAAGAAGGGACAAACAAAAGACCCUGCAUUGAGUACAAGUUUACCUCAGAAAGUUUUAGGAACAACUGAAGAAAUGAGUGGCAAGAAGCAUACAGAAGACACUAUUUCUGUGGCAUCAUCUUUACAUUCUAGUCCUCCUGCAUCUCCUCAAGGUUCCCCUCACAAAGGUUACACACUUACUCCAUCAGCUAAGUCUGACAACUUGUCUGACUCCAGCCAUAGUGAGAUUUCUUCACGGUCCAGCAUCGUGAGCAAUUGUUCUGUUGACUCCAUGCCUGCAGCUCUACAGGAUGAACGGUGUUCCUCUCAGGCCCUGGUAAUCCCUGAAUCCACUGGGGCAUUGGAAAAGACAGAGCACCCUUCAGGGAUAGGAGAUCAUAGUCAACAUGGCCCUGGGUGGAUACUCUUGAAGCCAUCUCUAAUCAAGUGUUUAGCUGUCUCAUCAUCUGUGAGCAAUGAAGAGAUUUCUCACGAGCAUAUCAUUAUAGAAGCAGCUGACAGUGGUCGUGGAAGUUGGACUUCAUGUUCAAGCAGCUCCCAUGACAACUUCCAAAGCCUUCCAAACCCAAAAAGCUGGGAUUUUUUGAACUCUUACAGACAUACCCAUUUGGAUGACCCCAUUGCUGAAGUUGAACCCACUGACUGUGAGCCCUAUUCCUGUCCUAAAAGCUGCUCUAGAACUUGUGGGCAGUGUAAAGGAAGCCUAGAAACAAAUCAGUUGAGAAAGAGUUGGGCCUCCUCCACUUCUUUGUCUGACACGUAUGAACCAAACUAUGGGACAGUUAAACGGAGAGUAUUGGAGAGCACCCGAGCUGAGUCAUCUGAAGGCUUAGACCCCAGGGAUGCCACUGACACAGUUUACAAAACUGUCACAUCAAGUACAGACAAGGGCUUGAUUGUGUACUGUGUCACCUCACCCAAGAAGGAUGAUAGGUAUAGGGAGCCACCUCCCACUCCUCCAGGAUAUUUGGGGAUUUCUUUAGCGGACCUAAAGGAAGGACCCCACCCACACCUAAAACCUCCAGAUUAUAGUGUGGCAGUGCAGAGGUCAAAGAUGAUGCAUAACAGCCUCUCUAGACUGCCGCCAGCUUCUCUCAGUAGCAACCUCGCGGCCUGUGUUCCAUCGAAGAUUGUAACUCAGCCUCAGAGGCAUAAUUUGCAGCCAUGCCAUCCUAAACUAGCAGAUGUGACUGAUGCAGAUAGCGAAGCAGAUGAAAAUGAACAAGUUUCAGCAGUCUAGCCUUCAGAUGACCUACUUGAAAACCACUGAAAGUCAUUGAGGAGUGGGCAGAACCACUUAAUGAUUCUGCAGGCCAUUGCUAACAAACAAUUCACUGCUACAACUAGUCCAAUGGUUUUAUUCCCUCUACGCCAAGCAAUGAAAUACCCUGAGUUAUGCUUCCUUUCACUUAAUUUCUGCAGAUGAAUAGUUUCCUGAGCUAUGGAUGCUGUGCCUGGAUACCAGUCUCCAAUUUGCAUGCCAGAACUGCCUUGGGACCACAGUUACAGAAAAAAUUUAAACUCAGAGAGAUCCUUGUGUACAUUGCUGUAGACUUUUCUUUAACAAGUUAUUUUAAAGAUAGUGGCAUUAUUAUUUCCAAGCCAUAGCUUGGGCUGAAGGACAAAUUGAAAGUGUCUGCCAAUACCAAGGAUAUUCUUGUAUAUUUGAAAAAUAACUUAUUAUUUGAAUUGUUGUGGUUUUGUUUGUAUUUGAGAGUUCUUGUUAGCUGAAGUUCAUGUGUGAGGUCAUAAAACUGUCUCUGGUCUGACCAAACAGAAGUCAUCUUUACAGAGGUGAUAUGCUUGAUCUACAUAGAGACAUGACUUGAUCUGUAGAACCAAUGCAAUGUAUGUCUCAGUUUGAGAGAAAUAGGAAGCCCUUUGCAGUUGAGGUGUUAGGAACCUGCUGGUCAUGGUGUGAAAGGCCAAAUGAAGCUGCCAUGGGGUUUCUUGUCAGUCAUUUGGGAAAGGGGAGGGAGUAGUUUGGGGAGGAGGGUGGGAACCCUGAAUUCCAAAGAAUGAAAUUUUGGUGUUAAAUUACAUGUAUACAAAUUAUUUCCUAAGUGAAAGUUAUGCUGCAUCAAAUUGUAACUAAAAGUAUAGAUCCAAUAAAUAGAGAAUGGGUUCUAGAGAGUUCUAGUCUAUAGAAACCCAAAACUAAAAUCUCUCCUAACACAAGUACGGAAUACUUUUUUAAAAGAAAUUUUUAUCAUAGGUGUUGUAAUCAUGAAGGUAAAUUUGACUUUAUGCAGUGUUCUGCAGCUUGCCACCCCCACAUCUCACAGCACCAGAUUGUGUCUGACCUUACAUACCCUGCAGUACAAUUUUGUGGGAGAAAGAGGAGCUGGAGUUAUAGAAAUGAUUGUCUCUUGGUUCUCAGUUUUUAGCCCUUGAGAGGACAUACUUUUCCAGCCUCAUGGGCAUGGCACUCUUAAUUAAAAUUUCAGUGACUGUUUACUGAAUGAGGUAGAUUUUUCACAUUUUUGCAAAUUAAAUAUAAUGUUUUCUACAUAUUGUUUAAUUUUUUCAGUUUUAUUAGUGUAAAGACAAGUGGAAUUUUAAUAAACUUCUGUAACUACCAAAAGAAAAAAAAAGCCAAAGCCAUUAACAUGCACUACCCAGAUCAACUUGGAGCCAAAAUGGGUUUACCUUGAAUGGCUGUCCAUAUGUGUCCACAUAAGAUUUAGUUGGUUUGUGACCUCCUUUGUAGAAAUUUGUUGUCUUUCCCUAGCUGUCUUCACUCUAUCUUCCUGCCUGUCCCCCUUCAUUUUGAAAUCGCAAAUCAGUUUUAAGUGGUAAAUGGUGGUAGUUCAUUUUUCCCAUCAAAAUGAUUUAUAUUUAUUUUAGGAAUAAUAGCAUGUCUGAAAAAUUCCUGUGGUAAAGAAACAUUAAUCUGAAACUUAAGCCUUAGAAAUUAAUCCCAGGUGUGCUAGAAUGAGGCCUGGUGGUUCCAUAGCUUUCUAGAUACUUUGAAAUGGGAAAUAACUUAAACCAAAAAUCCCUAGUUUGAAAGUUACACUCAAGUGACUUGGCCUAUAAACAGUGGUCUUCUGAUUAUAAAUGUUUUCCUUCACUAAUAUACAUAAUUUUGUUUUCAUGGCCACAGAAAAACAAAGUGAAACAUAUUUUUACUAAACCCCCUUUUCUAAAUCAAGUUCAGAUGUCUACUCGCCAUUUUAUAUUCAUUUCUCCAGAAAAAUAUGCUGCUUUCAUAAUGUGUUUAUUUAGCACGUCUUUCAAAACGAAUGGAAGCCUUACCUGUCUUUGUCCUUAAUAGUGUAAAUAUCUUGCACAGAGAGUUGAGGCCUAUGGUUUUGGACUUGCACCUUAUAGCUGCCUUUCGUUUUAUCUAUCUAACUUUAACUGUGAGUGUUCAGAUCAGCUGAUCACAUUGAUCAGGAGCCAAAGCCAGAUGCUUUGUAGUUUGUUAUGUAUGUAUUCCUUAAAAAUCAUGAGGUUUUGAUUUUUAUAUUUUAACUAAGAGUACAUUCCUGCCUUCUCUUACUUUGUCAUAUGACUAGAACAAGUUCAGAAGCCUUAACUUGCAUUUACUCCAAUUCCAGAUCUCCAUUUGUUUUUGUUUUAUAAAUUUAUAAUUUUAAUGAAGAGAUUAGUGCCCUCUAUUCCCACUACAACUAUAAAUCUGCCAAGACUAUUGAAGCAGUUAACCCUCAGUGCAAACUUUUGCCAAAUAGUAGGUUUCAACAAAAUCUCUUCAUGGUGAAAGUUUUUUGAGAAUUAGUAAAUCUAGUACCUGAUUCCAUAAAAUUUUAUUACAGUAAAUAAUUCUCAUUUACUCCAAAUGAUUACUUUCAAUAUGAUCUUUGAGGAGAAAAAGCCUUUAAUGAAUUUUCUUGAGGGUGAUAAGUAACAUCAUUGCCAUCUACAUCACCUCCUUGAGAAUCUCUCCCAGGCUGAUAAUGUGAUGGUAAUCAUGGGUGUUUCUAAGAACAAAUCUAAUUUUUAUAAAAUGUUCUUUCCUCUACAAAAAAGGGAGGGGGAGAAAAACCUUUCUUAAAACAAUGAUUAUUUUGAUACAAUUUUAAGUUUCUAAAAAAGGUGAUGUUAAAGUAUAUGUAUUCCUUCAGCAUUACCUUAAAGACUAGAAAAACAGGAUAAAUCUUACAGAAAAGUGUCACAGUGCAUUUUCAAAUUUCAACUUGAAUCCUGGUUCAUGUUUCACUUUUGUUGUUUAUUUUUAAGGCUUCUUUAGUUUUGAUACACAGAAUGCAGUUGAACUUGAUCUUUUAAAAUUGAGACAUAUAAGCUAAUCAGCAAAAGACAAAAACAAAACUGCACAGUUGUAAUAAUCAGAUAGCAAUUAUACUGCACAAUUCAUUGAUUGUAUGCUAUAACAAGCAAUGUUUGUCUUCUAUUUUUUGAUACCUCUUACACUUACGUCUUUUAGAAAGACAGUGCCUCUGUAUGCUUUUUGUAUUUUUACCGAGUGUAAAUAUUUGUUAUAUUUUUGGUUAAGAGAAUGUAAAAGUACCAUUUAUUAUUAUCAUAUCUACUAAUACAUUGAUGGAAUCAAUAAAGAAUCUACAUUAAUCUUCUCUGUACUUGAUUAUAAAUAUAUGGAACAGAUGAAAUAAUUACACCUUAGUCAUUCAAGAGUACCAGUCUGGGACCUAUAUUGGUGUGAAGGCCGUAUUUUUUUAAGUAUCCAGAACAAUUGGAGUGGUCCAUUUAUUGUUGAUGAUGUCAAACCUGUGAAACACCAUAGCUAUUGUUUAGGUUUUAAAAAUUGUGUUUGAUGACACACCAAAUAAUAGUGGCUUAAAUUCA